AGUAGCCUCUCUGGGAUGGAUGCUGCCUUCGUGCAUCUCUUAAUUUCAGAUCUAAUCAAAACAAAUAUGCUCUUUGGACAAAUACACACUGGAAGGAUUUUUUUUACUAAUGCAAAUUGAAGGGUUAAAGGUGAAAGACGAGAAAUCUGCGUUUUGGCUUGAAGUGGAGAAUGUGAAUAAGGUGGUUAUCUUAUCCCUGUUCAGACCUCACAGACGAUCAUCAAUUUGGACAUUCUGACCUCUUUCUCCAACAAAAUGGACAACCACCAGACACUGACAGACUCACUGCUUGGACCCCAGGACAGAGAGCAAUCAGUCAGCCAGACCCCAGGCCCUGUUACGAUUCAACCGACCGAGGCAGCCUUCUGUGCACGCAAAUCUGACUCAUUCCCCUGCCUUCAACCCCUCUCUUUGCAUCAGCAAGCCCAGGGAGAUGUACACGACUCUGGAGAGGUCGUAGUAGUCAUCAAACAAAAGACUACAAAUGCAGGUCAAGGAGGUUAUUCCUCUCCUCCAGAAGCAAAAACAUCAGUUCCCAGACUCACCUCUCCACCUCGGCGUCAUCAUUCCGUACCCCACGCACAACCUCCUCACUUUGGACGCACACGAAAAGGUAGCAGAUCAAGCUCCAUUGCAUACACGGCGUUCUCCCCACGGCCCUCAAUCUCCCGCCACUCCAGCUUGGCAACCAACCCACCACUGGAUCGCUCCAAACCCAAAGAUUACCUCAUCCUGGCAAUCAUUGCCUGCUUCUGCCCGGUUUGGCCAAUUAACAUUGUGGGAUUUGUCUACUCUGUCAUGUCUCGCAACAGCUUGGAACAGGGGAAUAUCGAUGGGGCCAUACGGCUGGGCCGGGUAGCUAAGCUACUGUCCGUCGUUUCGAUCGUGGGCGGGGUUAUCAUCAUAGUGGCAUGUGCUGUCAAUUUAUCAAUUAACAUGAAAUCCUGAGGCGAGCCUGAAAUCCGGCUUCACAUCACGCUACUGACCAGAAGACCAUACAUCUGGCUAUCCUGUGAUCACAGUUGUAGCUAGAUGGCUAAUAAGUAAGCUGACACCUUAUUCCCUUCUUCUAGCACACUCUAACUAAUAACAAUACUAAUUCAAGGCUACGUUCAACCUGAAUCUCAAUCAUGAGACCUGAAGGAGAAAUGCAUGAAGUUGUGCUGAAGAUCGUUCUAGCCAAAAGCACUUGAUGAAAAUCAUGAGUCCACACACAGUCCAGGGUUUUGUUUUUUCUUUUUUUUUUCUUUUUUGGAGGGCUUGGUCAGGAAGCACGUUUCAGAUCAGAUUACUUGUGAGAAUGGCUCUGCAUCACGCAAACCCACGCAGCAUAAAUCUUGAGACGUUCCCUUGACAUGUGAAGAGGAGGAGAAUACACAAUGCUCUUUUAGAGUGUAAAACGAUACGGCCACAUUGGCAGACGUGAAAAAAAUUACUCAUUUUUUUAAUGUGAAAAACGAACGAGGCAUUGCCCUGCUGGAGUUGAGGCAGAAAGACGGCAGCUUAUUUGUUAAUAUAAAAUGUUCAAAUAUUUUUAGUUUGUUUUAAACAUGUUGAAAAAAUAUGUUGUCAUUUUUUUUCCUUUUUAAGAAAUUUAUUUUUACGUAUUUAAUCUAUUUUCUUCACUGUGAUCGAUCCGAUGUUCACAAACUGUAGUGAAUAACUUGCCUGAAUUUGACAGAUUUCCGUAGAUUUUCCUUUUUGUAUUCAUUUAAACCAAUAGUGUCACAAAUCUAGCCCUUAAAAAUGCAAUAACGCAGUUACACAAUUUUCACUUCUCUUGAUUUCUUACAAAAUAUCUAAGCUGUGAUGUAGCCUGUUUCAUAGAAAGUAUGCAAGAAAAAAUUUUCGGAGGGUUUCCUAGGACACCAGUGCCACUCGUUGUUGUAUAUAGACUUUCUAUGCUGUGAUUUUUUUGUACUGAAAGGUAUUGUAGGACUUACAUAUGAGCACUGUGUAACCUUUAAAACUCCAACUUUCAUCACUCGUGGACUAACAACAAAACCUCAUUUUUUUCACACUAUCUAUUACUCGUAAUUAUUAACCCUUUCUAUACCAGAUUCCUGAGCUUCAGUUUAUAUUAGUUUAAAAGAAUAUAUAUAUUUAGAGUAGUAUUUUUAAUUCUAACGUUGUGUGUUGUAAUGCAGUUACAGUAAAAAAAAAUCAUUUUACUAAUACACAAUAUGAUAUGACUAGUCACAAAGUUGAUGAACUGGCUGUAUUUUUUAAAUCUACGGGACAGUAACUGCCCUAAGAAGACAACAUGGUAGAUUUUGCUUGAUUUAUUUAUUUAUUACAAUUUUUUGCAUUGUAUAAAACAAGCAUGGCACUUAUAUUUGCAUGAUCUUUUUUUCUAAGUCCUGUAACCUUCACAGUGUGUAUCUGAAAGGGAAAAGAGAAAUAAACUGCUGUAAAUAUCUGUUAUUACGCCUAAGAAGCCAUUUCUUUCUCUCUUUCUCUCUUUGUGAGACGGAUUGAUCGAUUU